AUGGGAAGAGCUCCUUGUUGUGACAAAGCAAAUGUGAAAAAAGGACCUUGGUCUCCUGAAGAAGAUGCAAAGCUCAAAGAUUUUAUUGACAAACAUGGUACUGGUGGUAAUUGGAUUGCUCUUCCACACAAAGCUGGUUUAAAAAGAUGUGGAAAGAGUUGUAGGUUGAGAUGGCUAAACUAUCUUAGGCCAAAUAUUAAACAUGGUGAGUUUACUGAAGAUGAAGAUAAAAUCAUAUGUAGCUUGUAUGCUACCAUUGGAAGCAGAUGGUCAAUAAUAGCUGGUCAACUACCAGGAAGGACGGAUAACGAUAUCAAGAAUUACUGGAACACAAAGCUUAGAAAGAAGCUUUUGGCUAUGCUUCCUUCUUCUUUUCAAAAAUCUUUUAAUUACCCAUCUCUGCCACUUCAAUCACCACCACUUUCUAAUAGUUUCUUGAAUAAUAAUGCUUCUUCAUUAUUUUGCAACAAUUAUAACCCUAGUUUCAUUAAUGUUAACAACAACAAUAAUGUCAACUCUCUCACCACCACUACAACUAGUAUUGUUGACAACCACACUAUUGUUAGUGAUCUCUUUUCACCACCACAAUUAUCAUCAAGCUCUCUAGUUGAUAUGCUCUCAAACAACAACUAUUAUUUAGGGUUUCAAGAUCAAAAUAAUAUGAACAAAGAUUAUUACUUCCCAGAAGUCAAAGAAAAGAUGCUAAUGUUUGGUAGUGAUUGUUCUACUUCUGAAAUAAGUAGUUACAAUAACAAAGAUCAUCAUGGGAUCAAGCAAGAAGAAGACCAAUUUGCUAAUUUACAGAGUUUUGGAGAUAAUCAAAAUCAUCAUGGUUUCAUUAUGACAGGUCAUGAUAAUGAUUAUAAUUUCAAGAAUCUUGAAGAAAUGAAGCAAGUGAUUGAUGAUAUCAAAAACAAGAGUAGUAGUAGUAGUAGCAGCAAUAAUGUCAACAUCAAUAGCUACUUGCAUUGA